AAAAAAUUAGCUUUCGUUGCCUCUCCCCGCUAUUGUGCUGCGGCAAAUGUCCAAGGUAUUCGUUGUCGGAAUCAGUGGUCCGUCCUGCUCGGGAAAAACUACCCUGGCUCGUAUAUUAAGAAAAGUCUUUUCAAACUCGGUUGUCAUUCAUCAAGAUGAUUUUUAUAAGCCUGACACAGAGAUACCAACUGAUCCAGACACUGGUUUAGACAAUUGGGAUUGUCCGGAAUCUUUUGAUGCCGUCAAAAUGCACCAAAGCUUGCAAUAUGCACGCGAACACAAUGGGGAGCUGAGCAAUGAUCACCCUAGAGGUGAAGACAGUAAUACCCAUGAUGGGUCCAUGACAGUGUCUGACGACUUCUUGAAUCACCUCAAAGAAAUGAUACCCAAAGACGUUGAUUCAAAGUUUCGUUUGGUCCUAGCGGAUGGUAUAUUACUCUAUUGGGAUCCAUUGAUCUAUGAGCAAUUUGAUUGCAGCUUCUUUAUUUAUGCUGGGAAAGACACCCUGAAGCAGAGGAGGGAGUCCAGACAAGGAUAUGUAACUCAAGAAGGUUAUUGGGUUGAUCCGCCUGGAUAUUUCGAUCAAUUGGUUUGGCCACAAUACGAGAAGUGGAAUUCCCAUCUCUUCCCGAAUGCAAACCAAAACGAAGUGAAGCAAAAUAACAUUCAUGACCUAUCAAUAAUGAAUUCAGAUACAGAAAAUAUAGAGGAAAUAGCAACAAACGCUAUGAAGGAUUUGAUCAGCCAUCUGCAGGCCACAAAAUAAAUAUUUUGCAUUGAGUGCUUAUCAUUUCGUAGCCUGACCUUAUAUAUAAGAGGCUACAGGUAACAAAAUGGUCAUUUUAUCCUA